UUGAGAAAUCUGAGAUCGCUAGACGUCGAUCGCACGCUCCCAACCUCCUCCGCCUCCGCCUCCUUCCGUCCAGAUUUCCAUCGAAAUCGCGACCGCCGCCGAGCGAUUUCCAUCGCUUCCCAGUUUGAAGAAUCCAUCAAUCAUGGGCUCGAUCGUCGCCGGAGGAGAAGACACCGAUUGGAGCGGCGUCGCGACGAGCUGGAUCGUCUCAGCCGGCCGUCUGGCCGACUCCAUGACCGUCGAGUCGCCUCUUUCUCCGAUCGAUGACGGCGCGGUCGGCUCAGCUCCGAGAGCUCCUCUCCUCCUGCGCCCUCCCUCGCCGGAUCACAGCCCCUGCGAGAUCACUGUUAGUUUCGCUCAGCGACACGAUGUGGGCCAAGUUUAUGUCCGAAGCACUGCUCGAGUUUACGAGAUAUACUACGCCCCCAAGCAGCGGGCGGGCAAUGAGUAUCUCUGUACGGUUCGAUGCGGCAUUGUCGUCAGGGACGAAGUUUCUGGCGGGGAUGUUCCUCAAGCAGCUAAUCUCGCUUCUCGUGGGGACUCUAUGGAUGAGUUUGCCGUAGAAAGAUCCAAAAAUGAGAUUAAUUUGAAUGCUGGUGAAGACGAUUGGGUUGAAGUGAAGGCGCCCAGUACUUCACUUGAAACUAAUACAAAUGUCGCUACAUCUUUGAAGUCCUCUAUCAAAAUGGUAAUAGACUCGCUCUCUUGCGUAUGUAGAUGUAGCUUCCUUUCCUUUCCUUAUUUUAUCGUCUCGUAUCCUAUAGUUGAUUCUGAGCUAUGAGUGUGUCGUAUUUGUUGAGACCAGACCUCAAGGUAAUUCACGGUUGUUACGUUGCACGGUAGGCAAGACAUAGGUAGGACCUGAAGGUGCUUGGGGUGCUUAUUAGAUUGUAAAUGGAUCCAAAUUUGGAAAUAGGAUGCAGCUUUAAAUUUGAAACUGGAAA